AUGUACGUCAGGCAAUGCCACGUACUUCUUUCAUUCAUUCGCUGCCCUCCAUCUUUUUCACCCAGCUCCUCAGACAGACCCGCAGCAUUUCCAGUUUUCCCUCUCUCUCGACUUUCUUCUUGGCUUCUUCGAAACAACCUGGUCGUCUGCCGAGGAGACGCAAACGCCUACAUCGCCAUUCUUCUGCAUCACGGGGCUCUUAAUCGCUUGACACCGACUCACACCAUCACGGAUACAGGUCUAACGGAGAAGAAUGAAGGGGCUCUAUAUUCACGUUUUCUUGUAGUGGGCUGUGCUCAGUCAUCCAGUCUCGUUGGCUCUACUGUUUCUGAGCUUACUUCCAUUUCGAGUGAAAGUGUUUGGCGAGGACAUUCGAAAGUCGAUUCCACCAGAAGACGACGGCGUAUUCCUCUUUACCAGCUGUCGAUUGGCUUUACUGGAACCUUCAUGCUGACGUUGUAUCCGACGUAA